UUUUCUGCCUUGCACUUUCUCCUUUCCCAUUUUUUUUUUUUUUUGUCGACGCCACAGAGUUAUAUAACAAAGUUCAUUUGUGCUUCCUACUUCACUCUGAUUUCUGCACGACAGCCUGACAGCUGCAGAAGCAACUUAAGAUCCGCCGUUAAAUUUUCAAAAACACCAUCACCAUGGCUGAAAAAGUCGUUUUGCACUACCUUAAUGGGAGAGGGAGAAUGGAGUCAAUCCGCUGGCUUUUGGCAGUCGCAGAAGUUGAGUUUGAUGAAGUGUUUCUGGAAACUCAUGAGCAGUAUGAGAAACUCAUAAGUGAUGGAGCUCUCAUGUUUCAACAAGUUCCCAUGGUGGAAAUCGAUGGCAUGAAGUUGAUUCAGACAAAGGCAAUCUUAAAUUACAUCGCAGAGAAGUACAACCUUCAUGGGAAGGAUAUCAAAGACCGUGCCAUGAUUAACAUGUACUCAGAGGGAGUGAUGGACCUCAUGGAGAUGAUCAUGAUGUUAAUCUUCAGCCCAGAUCCAAAACCAAAACUGGACAAUAUCGAGAGUAAAGCAAAGGAGCGCUACCUUCCAGUGUUUGAAAAGGCUCUGUCUGGGCCCAUCUACCUGGUGGGAGGUAAACUAAGCCGUGCAGAUGUGCAGCUACUUGAAUGUACCCUGAUGCUGGAGGAGAAAUUCCCUGGAAUCCUCGCCGACUUUCCCAACGUUAAGUCUUUCCAGGGCAGGAUGACCAGAGUUCCCGCCAUCAGCGAGUUCCUGCAGCCAGGUAGCAAGAGGAAGCAGCAGCCUGAUGAAAAGUACAAGAAGUCCAUCAUGGAGGUGUUCCAAAUCAAAUUGCCUUUAAUACUGUGAUACUGAGAUCUGAUACAUUCCUUGCCAACAGUUGUGUGAAUGAUUCACUAUGCAAGCGCAGCCUGUGCAGCAUGUAGGUCGCUUAUACUUGCUGAGAUGACUAACACUGCACAAAAUAACACCCAUUUAGCAUUAAAUAAAUCUGUGUAAUUUUUCAUAACGCUGUAUGGGUGCUUUAAUGUGAAAGUUCUGAAUAAAGGGUUUAUUUUUUAGGAACAACUGA